CGGCGCGCGGGGCGGAAGCGCGGCGGGCGCAGGGGUGGCGUGGCGGCGGCACCGGAGCGGGCGAGCCCAUGGCGCGGUGCCCCCCGAGCCGCCGCCCCCCAGCGACUGCGGAGAAUGAGCGCCUCGGGCCGCCGCGCGCCGCGGGAGCGGGAGCCCCGAUGAUCUCGGGCUGAGCCCGCGCCGCGACCAUGUCGGUGGCCUUCGCGUCCGCCCGGCCGCGCGGCAAAGGGGAGGUCACGCAGCAGACCAUCCAGAAGAUGCUGGACGAGAACCACCACCUGAUACAGUGCAUCCUGGACCACCAGAGCAAGGGCAAGACAGCGGAGUGCGCCCAGUACCAGCAGAUUCUGCACCGGAACCUCGUCUACCUGGCCACAAUCGCGGACUCCAACCAGAACGUGCAGUCCCUGCUCCCUGCACCGCCAACUCAGAGCAUGAGCCUGGGCCCCGGAGCGCUGUCCCAGAGUGGCUCCAGCCAGGGCCUGCACUCCCAGGGCAGCCUCAGCGACGCCAUCGGCUCGGGCCUGCCCCCACCCUCUCUCAUGCAGGGCCAGAUCGGCAACGGUCCAAACCACGUGUCCAUGCAGCAGACGGCUCAGAGCACGCUGCCCACCACUUCCAUGAGCAUGUCGGGCAGCGGCCACGGCUCGGGGCCCGGCUACAGCCACUCGGGACCCACCUCACAGAGCGUGCCCCUGCAGGGGCAAGGUGCCAUUGGCAACUACGUGUCUCGGGCCAACAUCAACAUGCAGUCCAACCCAGUGUCCCUGAUGCACCAGCAGGCAGCCUCGUCCCACUACACCUCGGCACAGGGCGGGAGCCAGCACUACCAGGGCCAGUCGUCCAUCGCCAUGAUGGGCCAGAGUGGGCAGGGGAGCAGCAUGAUGGGGCAGCGGCCCAUGGCGCCCUACCGGCCCUCUCAGCAAGGUUCGUCCCAGCAGUACCUGGGCCAGGAGGAGUACUACGGUGGCGACCAGUACGGCCACAGCCAGGCGGCCUCGGAGCCCAUGAGCCAGCAGUACUACCCCGACGGACAUGGUGAUUACACAUACCAGCAGCCAUCGUACACAGAGCAGGGCUAUGACCGGUCAUUUGAGGAGUCCACGCAACACUACUAUGAGGGAGGGAACUCGCAGUACAGCCAGCAGCAGGCGGGGUACCAGCCAGGCACAGCCCCGCCGCAGACCUACCCCCAGCAGCAGUACCCCAGCCAGCAGAGCUACGCCGGGCAGCAGCCAGGCUAUGGGCCUGCCCAGGGAGCCCCCUCGCAGUACUCCAGCUACCAGCAGGGACAAGGCCAGCAGUACGGGAGCUACAGAGCCUCACAGACGGGCCCGUCCGCCCAGCAGCAGCGGCCCUACGGCUACGAACAGGGCCAGUAUGGAAACUACCAGCAGUAAGGGACAAGCCUUCUUGGUGGAGCCUUCCAGUGGCAUGUCCGUCCAGGCGGGCGGGCAGUGGCAAUUCAGAUGACCUGUGACCUGUUGGUUGCCCUCUGCCCCACGCAGCAUCUGCAUGUGAAGCGUGCACAUUGCAUGCUGGGGAUGAUGCCAGGCGUGCACUGCCGGCGCGAGACAGCGCUCUGAUGGUGUGACUUAUUUGGUGCUGUGUAUAGUGUUGUGUUCCAUACAACGGAGAGAUUGUCCCUUUAUUGCCCCCUUCCCCCAUGUUUCUAGCUAGCUUUAGGGGUCCUUUUAUCACCAGAGUAUUCUGUGCCCAGUAAUGGGACGUAUCUACAAAAUUCCAGAGUCUCUGUGUUCAUAGAAGCAGCCUCAGGUCUGGCUUCUCACACAGCCGUUGUAAUGUGCUUUUGUGACUUGUCUUUCACUGGCUACACCUCAGCUGGACGCACACGCGCCGCCUGGAUGGCAGCCUGUCCCUGUGCCUCGACAUGGUGGUGAGAGGCAGCAUCUGUGUUUUGGGUCGGUUUCUGUUACACAAUGAAAAGGAUAAAAUAUGCUUCAUUUGGAGAGGCUGUGAAAUGUCAUUUCCAGAGCUCACUUGUUACCUGUGUCUCUUGCCAAUGCCAUAUACCUGACAUGUUAUGUUUUUGUAUUAAAAAGUAAAGAGGGAUCAAUACUCUGAAUAUAUAUGAAUCCAUGAAGGCAGUGUAUGAUCACAUUGUCCAGGGAGAGAGGGUACUUCUCUGGGGUUACUUUGGCUUUGCCCUUGUUUAUCUGAUGGUCACUUCUGGGAUUUGAAUAUUUAAUAUGCCCAAGUCUAAAUUUAUAACUUAAGAUAUUGAUACCAGAUUUUCAAACAGUUGGCAAGUUGUUUAUUUUAUAUUAUUUCCUCCAGGACCUGCCAACUCAGAUCUCCAAGCAAAGAGUUCCUUUUCUUUUAGGGGUAUCUGAAAUUUUUUUAAAAACAGACCCACUAACUUUACUGUUUUCUUAAUAGAAAGGGAAGGUUUUACAUAGAGAAAUUUGAGUUAAUUUUACAUCCCCAGUAUAAUGAAUUCCAUUUAAACUCUGCAAACAAAAGAAAGCUCCCUUGGAAAAGUAUGGUCAAAGGAAAAAUCCUCUAUUUCACUAACAACUAAUACAUUUUAUCAGCCUUUAUCUCUGAAAAAUAAUGUUCAUAUUUACUACAAGUUCUUUAUAAACAUCUUUGGAUAAAUGCUGACAUGUUUCUGAAAACAUCCAAGAAAAUACAACACAAAUACCCAAUUCUUGACAUCAGGUCUGUAGAUGAUGUUUUUAGUUGAGAAGUUUUAUGCUUUAAAAUUUUAAAGUAUUUAUCCCAAGUUUACAAGAUACUUUGAAUUUUUUUUUUUGCUUGAAUGAAUCCUGACAGUCCACACUGGUCAACAUGGAGGCAAUUACUGUUCCCAUUCUACAGAUGAGCAACCGAGGCUCAAAGUACUGCCCUAGUCAAGUACCAGUUCUAUUCUAGGAUGCUCUCCCCUCUUCUGUGGAGACAAAAUCACACCUACAUUGGGAUACAAGUAUUUAUUUUGUACGCAUAUGGGUUUUAAAAACCCUUAACACUGGUAAGGGCUUAAAAAUACUUAUCUAUAUUGAAUUACUGAUGUGAGAGUUCUUGACUGCUAAACCAUGCAGACAUUAGCAAUUUUAUUUAGAGUCAUCACCUUUGAUUUUGUUCUGUACUGUUUUUGCUGACAGUUUUCAUAGUACUAAUUUGCAAACUCCACUGGGGACUAAAAUGUCCCAUUGAAAAUGUUAAACAUUUCAGAUAACUGUGAAAAUAGUUUAUUUUUAUUCUUUGCCAGAAGGAAAUAUGCCUUUUGUGUGUGCAUAUGUUUUUUUUUAAGUGCUUUGUUAAUACUUUUUGAAAGAAAAGGAUACUUAACUAUCCCAAAACUUCAAUCUGAAAUGUCUUACAUUAAGAAUUUCUUGAAUGUUGUGUAUAUAUUUUAAAAAGCACUUUGUGAGAUAGUUUGUACAUUUAUUUCCUAAUUUAUACAUGAUUUUUGGUGUUAAUAUAUUUAAUGAUUAAUAACAAUGUUUAACGUGUUGCUCAUUUUUAUGUUAUUAUGUAUUCGUGGGGGAAAAGUGAUGCCAGCAGUUCUUUUUCAUUACCUGUAUGGUAUCUUCUCUAUGACGUUUGCAAAGGCUUAGGCUGAACUGUGUGGUGUGGUGACGGUGCCCUGCUUUCUUAGGGCUACUUCCGCAGGAGGCCGGUGAAGAUGCCGAGGAAGGUGGAAGUCCAUGCGCAUCCUCCCCCGUGUCCCUGACACCAGGCAGGUCAUCAGUCUGGGAGACGAUGACCUCGGUGAGGAGUGCCGACAGAUCGCUCCUGGGACUGUAGAGCUCCGCGCCCGCAGGGCUUGCUGUGGAACCAGUGUUAAGUUUGCACUGCAGCCACGGCCGAGUACACGGUGCUCGGCGGACACGGGCCCUGGGACCUCUGGGCUGCCUUAACGCGUCCACGUAGUUGGAGCCUGAGCCUGUGAUUUUGCCAGUUUUUGUAAUAAAUAGGUUUGAGCUUGGGCAUCCAUUCAGAAUUGUACAGAGGAAGACCCCUUACCAUUUAAAAUGUUUAGCCAUUCAUUUCUCUUUACUGAGCGGGUCAUAUGCGUCUUAUUUGGGAGCACAGUACAUUUCUUGCAAGACAUCCGAUCAGUUCAAUUUUUUCAGUCGGCGUUUGGCGUGUAAAUUGUUCAUGAUUUGGUGUAAUCUAUCAAUAAACUGAUUCUGCAGAAGUCAGCCUAGAAGUGAGUGCUGGGUCCUCGGACGCGGCUGACGGGCGAGGUGGCAGGUCUGAGUCCUGUCCCCGCGGGGUGGGGCGCGGUCCGACCCCCGCCGGGCCGGAGCGGCAGCGGGGACCCCGGCCGCGGCG